UCAUGUUCUUCAAGUUUCCGACAUACUCGGACCUCGUUGUCAUCUUCAUCUCAAGUCUCACUGCCUGCUAAAUCUAAAUGGCUGCACUUUCAGAAUAAUGACCUGCAUGACUUUUGCUGUUGAAGAAAGUAUGCCCGUCUCAUCGGCCUCAAAAGCCAAUUGGACACCCGCGUACCACGAAGUAUUUCUUGAUCUAUGUGUGGAAGAGACAUUAAAGGGUAACAAACCCUGCUCGCAUUUUACGCGGGAAGGUUGGAGCAACAUUGUUGAAUCAUUUUUCAAAAAGGUUGGUAUGAAAUAUGACAAAUUGCAGAUGAAAAACCAUUGGGAUGGCACCAAGAGACAGUGGAAAGUCUGGCUUAAGCUAACGACUGAGGGUAGUUUGAAAUGGGACCCAACUACUAAUAAAUUUUGUGCCAGUUUAGAGGAUUGGGCCAACUAUAUACAGGCAAACCCGGAAGCUGCACAAUUUCAGUUUAAGAAACUUCAAUCCGCUGAGAAAUUGAAAAUCAUCUUUGGUGGAGAUAUAGGUACUGAAGAGAUGGAGCUUGCUACUUGUCACAAGAGGCGAAAUUGUUGUUCCACAAUUUCUGUUAAAGACAACGAAGACGAGUGUCUUUACGAUGAAACUGCACCCAGGCGGGCUGAUAAGAUUCAGUGCAGACAAAGUAGAACAAUUGACAGUGAACAGAGUAUGUCCAUCUCAGCCCCUCGUAAGGCAAAAGUCGUUUGGGCACCUCCCCUCCACAAAGCUUUCAUUGACCUGUCUCUGGAAGAGACGUUGAGAGGGAAUAAGCCCGGGACGCAUUUUACCAAGCAGGGUUGGAAGAAUAUCCUUGGAUCGUUUCACAAGAGGACCGGUUUAAGGUUUGAGCGGUUACAGUUGAAGAAUCACUGGGAUAACACCAAGGAACAAUGGAAAAUCUGGAAUAAGCUAGUCUGUACAAGUUGUAUGAAAUGGGAUUCAAGUACGAAAGUAUUUGGUGCAAAUGAAGAAGUUUGGAAGAACUACAUACAGGAAAAUCCAGAAGCAGCACAGUUUCGCUACAAGGAGCUUCAGUUUGCUGACAAACUGGAUACCAUAUUCAAUGGAGCCAUAUAUGCAGGAGAGGAAGUACCUUCUGCUUGGCAUGCCGAAGAUGGUGAUAAGUUGAUCGCGCCAACGUUGCAAAUAGAAAAGCCAGGCCUUCUGCAGCCAGAGGUAACGGCUGAGCAUCUUUACGACCCAGUUCCUGUUGAAUCAAGUAGUGCUGCAAUAACUCUGAAGAACUUUGUUAGAGCUCCCUUAACACAACAAGUCAGACUCACUUAUAGCAUUGGAGAAUGCGUCGACUGUCUCGAUGGGAUGGAGGAACUAGAACAAGGGAGUGACUUAUAUUUGUUUGCAUUGGACGUAUUCCUAAAGAAGGAAUAUAGAGAAAUUUUUCUUCAACUUAAAAAGCCUAGUCUGAGGAUUUCAUGGUUGCAGCGGCUGCAAGCAGGCAGUCAGCCCUUGCAGUAG